UUUUCCUAUAGUCUGCUCCUAUAAACACUUAAGGGGGAGAGGACGGAGCCUAAAACAAUGAAUAAAAAAAAAUACUGUAAAUAACUACAGUACAAGCAAACAACGGGAGCUCGGAAGUGGAUGUCCGUGUGUUAAUCUAUAAGUUGCAAAUCUAUGACGGGGCGCACGGAAGCAAAGGCGAUGCCUAAUAAAACCACCCCGCGUUGAUCUGGUUCAGGGAUACAAGGGUUGCUGCGAGAAAGGUAUUUUGGCUUGAGACAAAGCAGCUUUUCUACCUGGUAGAGAUGAGUACAGUUAACAACCAAAAACUUUACAGGCCGGAUGAAAAAGCUGCUCAUGCUGUGGCCGCUGAAGAUGAGCACAAACCAGCUGAGCAAAGAUCUGGUUCGGAAAGACGGGUUUGUACUAGUCCUGGCAUUGCAAGCCUUACAGACAAUACCAAGCGAUUUAAGCUGAGUAGUAGUAAUAGCCAUGAACAGACUGUUCAAGAAAGUCCUGAAAUGCUGCAGCAGAAGACAAGGAAGGCAAGUGGCCCUUUGGUUACCACAGAAGAGAAACGGAAAAAAGGAGUUUUUGGCAUACAGUUUAAUAAAAGCAAAAAGGAAAAAACUGCUGCUCAGGAGAAGGUGUCUUCCACAACUACAAACACCAAAAACAAAGUGGAGCCUGCGGCGGCUAACCAAGCAGACAAUACACGUGCAAAGACAACGCAGACAGAGAUCUUGAGAACAUCUCCAUUCCACUGGGGAAAAUUGCUUAAGAAUAGAGGGAACCAGCAUGAAUCAUCCGUCAUCUCUCUCCCAAUAGAAUCUUCUGUAGACUACGAGGAGGACAUGUACCGUGAUGCAGAAGAAAUAGAAAGAGAAAAAGUAUUACUUGUAUGUGGGACAGGCUCCUCAGAUAUUCUAGAAAACAAGAUAAGUGUUGAACCUGAAAUUGACAUCAUGGAUUACUGCAGAAAAGAAUGGAGAGGAAACACUUCCCACGCCAAAUGUAUAAGAAAGGGCUAUGAAGCAGUUUCACAUAAAUUUAUUUCAAUAAGAAGAGUGCGGGGGGAUAACUACUGCGCUGUCAGAGCGACAUUGUUUCAGGCGCUCAGCCAAACUAUUCAACUUCCUGACUGGCUCCAGAGAGAAGACAUUGUAUUGCUACCACAGAAGUUGAUGGCCAAAUACGACUGGAUUGCACAGUGGCAACUCAGACGAAAAUGGACCAGUAAAGUGGAAAAUUUGAUGGAUGAAAUUAAAGAAUGCUUAAUGCUACUAAUGAGAAAGUGGAAAAAUCUGAGUGAAAUGAAAAACGUGGCAGAGCGGCUGGCCGCUUGUGAUGAGCUUUUCAGAAGUGAAGAAGAGGAAUACAAACUCUAUGAAGCUGUGAAAUUUCUCAUGCUAAACAUUGCAAUCAAGUUGUAUGAAGACAAUGAAAAGGGGAAAGAGGUCCCUGUGUUCUCCUGGCUUCUCUUUGCUCGGGAUACAUCCAGCGAUCCUUCCCAGUUAAUGGAAAACCACUUGAAUCAGCUCGGUCACACAGGAGGCCUUGAACAAGUGGAAAUGUUUCUCCUGGCCUAUGCUUUGCAGCAUACCAUUCAGGUGUACCGACUGUACAAGCACGACACAGAUGAAUUCAUCACGUUUUACCCCAAUAACCCAGAAGAGGCCUGGCCAAUGGUAACACUGAUCACUGAAGAUGACAGACAUUAUAAUAUUCCCGCUCGAAUAUGUGAAGAGACUAGCGUGUGAAAAUGUGUAAUAUACAUUAUAUAUAUUUUAUGGCUGUAUACACUUGAAUAAACCAUUUAAAAGCAA